CUGCCCUCCCAGAAGCCCUCCCAGUCCCACGACGCAGCCUGCGUUUCAGGGGUGGGCCUCCCCGCGGUCGCCCCGCCAUGCUGUGGCAGGGCGCCCGGGCUGCUCUCUCCGCCUGCCGCGCGGCGCCCGGGGCGGUGCCCGCGGCCGCGCUGGAGGGCGCCGAGGCCUCGCGUCCCCGCAAGCGGCGUUGCUACGGCGCCGCGUGCAGCCGUGGCCGCAGCUACUGGCAGACUUGGGCGGGGCCAGCGGCCCCGACUGCGUCGUGGUGCUCUGCGGCGCGGCCCCGGGCAACCUGGGGGCCGUCCUGCGGGCGUGCGCGCUGCUGGGCGUGACGGUGGUCUGCGCCCUAGGCGGCCCGAGCCGGACCGCGAUCCGCAAGGCCCUGCGCACCUCGCAGGUCGAGCGGAGGCUCGAGUGGGACGUGCGCCUGGUGCCCGUGCCGGAGAGCACGCCGCCGGCGGCCGCGGUCGCGGCGCUGCGCGCCGCGGGCCUGGCCCUCGUCGGCCUCGCCGCCGAGGAGCGCGCCGGCGGAAAGCCCCGCAGGCGGUUGCCACCGCCUCGGGGGGGCCUGGGCCGGCCGCGCCCCUGUGGGCGGUGGACCUGGCGGGACCCGGGCGCUUGGGCCUGGUCUUCGGCUGCGACGAGCGCGAUGGCGAGGACUUCCCGAGCGGCGUGGCCGAGCAGCUGCAUGCUGUGGGCAGCAUCCCGCAGCAGGCCCCCGGCACGCUGAACCUGUCCAACGCAGUCUCAGUCGUCGCGUACGAGCGCCAGCGUCAGCGGCAACCUCCACCAGGUCUGUGGUUCAGAGGAGGUGGUCGGCUGGCGGCGGCGCCAGCGUCGGCUGCAGCGGCGGCGCAAGCGUCAGCGGCGCAGCGUCAUCAUCAGCGGCAGCGGCGCUGGGGCGUCGCUGCCAGCGACGCCUCGGCGUCAGCAACGGCGCCGGCGGCAGCGGCAGCCUCCACGGUCCGCUGGACACCCUCAGGGCCAGGGCACGCAGGAG